UGCCGCUUCAACCCGACGUCAAGCAUGAACCAGCGCGCGUCCCGAGCCUCGUCCGUCCUAAGCUGCAUGCGGCUCAACCGCGCCGACUCGAGCGUCCUCUGCGAGAUCACGGCCGAGAUCGUGCGCGUCGACGACGACAAGGUCAAGUCGCCCGAGUACGUCAUCUCGAUCCAGCUGCCGCGGGCGUCGGCGCACCUCGUUGCGCGCACCUACUCGGAGUGGCGGCGCCUCUACAAGUCGUUGCUGGCGAGCACUGACGCCGCCGACGACGCUGCGUGCGACUGCGUCAUGGGCUCGUGCCCUUUCUGGACGCUGCACGCGCUUCUGCGGUCGGUGGACUUUCCCAAGAAGACGCUCUUCUUCAGCCACUCGCCCAAGGUACUCGACGACCGCAAACGCGACCUCUCCGAGUUCCUCACGUCGCUCUUGGCCAAGCUGCAGCACUUCAAGACCGAGUUCGAGGCCGCCAGCGCGGACGCGAGCUCGGCGGACCUCCCCAACUGGCAGCUCGCCAAAUGCAAAGUGCUCGACGCCAUUGAAGCCUUCUUGGGUCUCGACGCCAACGUUGUCGGUCAGCUCCACCGCGCUGCGAGCGGCCGCCGAAUGAACCUCCGCGGGUGGCAGUCGGACCGCAAAAACUUGUACUUUUUACCGACCGCUGUCGCCGUCUAG